AAAGUGGGGGCCAUGGCCACUCCGGCUCCCCCGGUGGCGUGGGCCCUGAUGCCUCAUGGUCUAUGUAACAUGAACUAGUCAGCAGUGGCGUAGAUAGAGGGGGCCUGGGCGAAAAAGCCCCUUGUAAAACUAAGCUGCUAUCUUGUCGGAAAACUUCUGAAUUUUUCGGAAAUGUAAAAUGGUUUUAUAUUUAUCUAAGUGUAUAUUUACCUAAGUGUUACAUAUUGAGAGGAAAGAAUAUAACGAUAUUCAAGCUGAAUAUAACGAUUUCUUCCGUUGUCCUGAAUCACAUUGGCAAUCUUUUUUUAUAAGGUACAGUGCUUGCUACUUACUUUGAGGAGAAUGUCCAGAAAAAUCUUCAAAAAGUAUGAUUUAUGACACUCGACUAUGAAUAUAUCUCUGGACUGCAUCUUCUGUUUCUUCAGUUCUAAUGUAGUUAUGUAAUGUUCACAUUUAUGAAAAGGUUUUUUGGAUUUUUGUCGGAUAAUCUAAGUAUCUCACCCUCCUAUGCAUUUUCUGAUCUAGGCAACUGCUAGCCAAAGGGUCUUGAAACAUGAACUAGACAGCGAGGACUUCCUUAUUCGUAUUUCUUGCCUUACAAGGGAAGCUGUUGAGUGCGGUUUAGAAUUACCAGAGAACAUGGUGGUAUAAAGCUUUUGCUUUGUUAAAAUAAAAUUCUUGUCAAUCGGUAUAUUAAAAUCUUAUGGCAAUCAGUCUUUUGAUGGAUGCAGAUUUCAUUUCAAAACUUUUUACUGUAUUGACAAUCGGGGUCUGGUUAUCAGGCUAUGUAUACAUUUGAAUAUUGUAGCAUGAAAACGAGGUCUUAACUACAACCUAAAAGAGGCUACUCGCAGCUGUCUUUUUUUUUGCUAAUUUUUUGUUCUGAACUACUUGAACUUGCUGUGCAUUUUGCUGUGCCGAACUUCAAAUUUUUGGUCCAAGUUCUGCGUUUAUACACACAGCGGUGUGCAUCAUGAAAUCCAAGACCGGAUACACAUCAACAAGAAUUGAGAAUGUUGAAAUACACUGUGCGAAACGGGGCAAAUUUUUACGAUUUCCAGAUUCAUCGAAAUUACCCUAAGCUCUUCGAUACUGUGCUCAACAUUGCAUUGGUGAAGUAAACUGUUUUAAGUCCUAUUGUAAAGUUCUCUUUUGUUACAACGCGAUAAAGCGUUCAACAGAUCAGUGCGCCGUCUCUUCGCUGUUUGCUCAAGAGUAGCUAUGUGUCCAUUUCUCUUCAGUAAAUAAGCAAAUACAGUAAAACGUAAUCAAACAAAAUUUAUCGCCCAUUCAUAAAAGCAAUCUAGUGAGGCGAUUGAUAGGUAUCGUUUGUUCUAGGUUUGUUUGUACCGACCGGAUGAAAAAAAUAGCAAAACACGAGGAAGUCACUUUAAAAAGCAAAUAUCAAGCAUUUGAUAAAAACCAGAUGCGGUUUUGUUGAAGAAAGCUGAGUGGAAAAAACGAUAGUCUUUUGAAGCAGUCCACGAAAGAAAGAAAACAUUAUUCACAAUCUUUGUGAAAUACGAGCAAGGAUUCGAAAGAUUGAGAGCAUCAAAGAUCAAGACUACACGAUUCGAAUGCUGGUUCGAACCCUUGCUUGGCAGAGAUGCAGAGAAGCAAAACAUUACCGCUUAUAAAGAAUUGAAAUGCAAGACCCAACGGAACUUCACGAGGCAGCAUCUCUGGGAAACAAAAAAUUGCUUGACAAAUUGCUAGCCGAUGGCCAGUAUGAUGUUGACAGUGAAGACUGGACUUACGAAAGGAGGACGCCCUUGCACGUUGCCAUAGAAAGCGGCAAACUGAACUGUGUACGCACAUUGUUGGUGAGCGGGGCGGACGCCGGCGCAAAAACUAAGUCAGGAAUGACGCCCGUACAUAUGGCGGCAGAGCAAGACAAUAUCAAGAUCCUCCAAAUCCUGUUGGAAUACGAUGCACCGAUUGACCAGGAAGACGAGUCCGGUGCAACGCCUCUUGACAUCGCAAAGACCUAUGGCAAUAAGAAGUGCGAACAAUUCUUGGCAGAAGCCCUGAGGGCACUAAGAGAGAAGCGAAAUUCAGAGCAGCCACUAAACGAUCCGAGUAAUGAAAACAAUAACAGCUUAAACAAGAAGAUGUAACAUAAAAUACCAAAAUAUUUAGGAAAAUAUAGCACUUUUUAAUUGGUAAGUGGGUAGUGUUUGGCUUCAGUAUUGAAGAAAUAUCAAUAAUAUCAAGAUGACCGAGAUGAUGAACCGGGCAAUUGGAAAAAAAACAAAUUCAUAAACAAAUCACUUAUAAAUUUGACGACUUAUAAAUUUAAAUCGUGUGAGCUUCAUCAACUUAUCGUACGUAAGACAUACCUGUUUACAGCGAUAAUGAAUUUCUUAAAAAAUAUGUUUUUGAAGUAUAAAAAUUUUUUAAUUUAAAUAAAUCAUCUUCUUUUGUAACCUCAAUCUUGAUAAAUUCGCCAUCUUUUGUCCCAAAUGACGUUGUCAGUGUCCACAAAGCUAGGUCAAAGAUUUAUUGGAAUUUUCACAUAAAUCAAGAAAUCAAGGGACAACAAUAAC